AUGACCUCCCAAGUCCCAACAAAUGCAGGAGCUUCCAUGCCUGCUUCCGAAAUCCAGGCUCUCGCCAUGAGCGGACAGGAAAACUUUGUUCCCGCCGCUGAAGAGGCGAGUCAGUAUUCGCAUUCGUUUCUGUAUCUGGCUCCGAAGACUUCGGCUGGUUAUCCCGUGGCUCAGUCAGCCAAAGUGUCUGCUGCUUUGACGCCGCGUCAGCUGGGAGAUCAGACGCGUGGUACAAUUGGGGGUGAGGAACUCGGUGUAAAAGGAGUUGGUGGUGAGGAUGGUCGUGCCAAGAAUUUGGGCAGCAUUGAGCAGGAAUUGGGAAAGGCGUCGAGGAGUGAGAGCAUGAGUAGUGAGGCGAGCAAUAGCACAAUUUCUAGUGUGGAUGCACCCAAGGGGAUGAGUUCAAGGCGUUUCUUGAAGUUGGGACCGGUUCAUUCUGGCGAGGCAGGUUUGGGUGAUUGGAGUGAAGAGGUGGUGGAGUAG